AUGGCGUCUCCAAUGAAUGAAGGCAAGGAGGUGAAAUCCGAAAUUGCGGCCUCGAUUCUCCCUCUCCUGAAGCUCGUCACCCUCACACUAUUCGGCUCCGUUCUAGCCCAUCCCAAAACCCAAUUCAUUCCCAGGCAGACAUUCAAGCUUCUAAGCAGGCUCGUAUUCGUCCUUUUCCUCCCUUCCUUAAUCUUCACCCACCUCGGCCAAUCCAUCACCCUCCAAAAAGCCAUCCACUGGUGGUUCAUCCCCGUCAACGUCCUCAUCAGCACGGCCGCCGGCUGCAUUCUCGGCUGCCUGGUCGCCCUAGUUUGCCGCCCGCCGCCGGAGCUCUUCCGCUUCACCGUUAUAGCUACCGGGUUCGGUAACACCGGCAACAUCGCCUUCGCCGUUGUCGGCGCAGUGUGUCGUCGUCGGGGCUCCGACAACCCGUUCGGACCUGAUUGCUACUCCAACGGCGUCUCGUACGUCUCGAUUUCGCAAUGGGUCUCCGUUAUUCUGGUGUACACUCUGGUUUACCAUAUGAUGGAGCCGGCGCUGGAGUUUCGCGAGCAGGACGACGGCGGCGGCGGAGGAGGAGGAGGAGACAUAGUUGAAGUGGUUGAAGAUUCCGGCGGCGCAGAUUUAAGUCGGCCGUUACUCGCGGAAGCGGAAUGGCCGGGAAUUGAGGACCAAUUGGGAACCGAGCACAGCAAGAGUCCGUUCAUAGCCAGGUUGUUCCUAAACCACAGCACAAUUUCCGAAUCCGAAAUCCCGAUGGAGGAUCCGGGAGACCAAUUGGAAUCUAUCAGUUGCCUGGCGGAGCCGAGGGUGCUGGUGAGAAAAAUCAGAGUGGUGGCGAAGGAAACCCCAAUUCACCACAUCCUCCAGCCGCCCACGAUCGCGUCGCUCCUGGCGGUAGUGAUCGGGCUGAUUCCGCCGCUGAGGAGCUGCGUGUACGGCGGCGAUGCUCCGCUAGGGUUCGUGACGGACAGCCUGACGAUGAUGGCGGGGGCGGCGGUGCCGUCGGUGAUGCUGGUGCUGGGGGGGAUGUUGGCGGAGGGCCCCAGCGACAGCGAGUCGAGCCUUGGGGCGAGGACGACGGUGGGGAUAGUGGCGGCGAGGCUGCUGGUGCUGCCGGCGGUGGGGAUCGGAGUGGUGUGGGCGGCGGAGGAGAUGGGGCUGCUGGUGGGCGGAGACCAGCUUUACCGAUUCGUGCUGCUGCUGCAGUACACGACGCCGAGCGCGAUAUUGCUGGGUGCCGUGGCGAGCUUGAGAGGGUAUGCGGUCAGGGAGGCAUCGGCACUGCUCUUCUGGCAGCAUAUUUGUGCCGUCUUCUCCCUCUCCUUCUAUACCAUUGUCUUCUUCAACCUCCUGCUCUCUUACAUCUAG